AUGCCAACCGAACCGGGCCACAUCUCUGCCACCCGACGCGCCGAAACGCAUCCGUGCAAUAACGCCUCCAAGCUACGAAAACCAGCUGCCUGGCAUGCGACCGCUGCUGACGAGCCCCCCUCGCCCCCUUCAUUCCGAGGGACUGGGUAG